CCAAGGGCCCAGCGCAUGGUGGAUGCCGAUUCUCCUGAGCCAGGGCCCAAGGCCCAACUGAACGCAGGCCCGCCGAAAUCCCAACCAGCUGAGCCCCAGUCUCUCUCUGCCUCCCUCCGCUCAGAGUCCUCACUCCCCCAACUCUCGCCAGGUGGCGGCGGCGUCGGCGGCGGCGGGCGGGGCAAGUCCACGCCGUCCGUGCACCGGGCGGACGCGCGGUCACUGCCGGAGCAGCUCCCGGACCGGGUAGCCCGACCGACCGGUCAAGCUGUUCUUAGGAUGAGGUCCUCCAAGAGUAAUGGGAGCGUGCAGAAGGCGGGAAAAGUUAACCAUGCCCAGGGAGAAGGGCCGAGCUGGGUUCUUGUCGCAGGAGGAGUCCUUCUGAGCACUCUUUCAGUCAGAUUUGGGUGCAAGCUGAAGCAAAUGUUUGAUACCAAGAAGCAAAAUAAUACCUCCAGAGCGAAAAGAAGACAUGGAUCUUGUGAACUGCACUCCAAUCUGUACCGGUUUGAUGAUGAAACCAAUUGCUACUGCUGUGUCUCAGAUGGUGGAGUGGAAAUCAAGCAAGGACCUGCAAGUUCUUUAUCAAAACCUGAUGAACCAUCCCUUCCUCUUGCAAAGAUACCAGGGCCAGAAUCAAGCAAAGAGAACAGUGGCGUCAUGUGGACGUCAUCACCUGACCGGCUUGAAGAUCCUCGCAGACCAUUGCAGUACUCAAACAGUUCUGGCUCUCCAUGUGUUUCAGAAUCAGGGUCUGACAUCUAUAUCAAGAGAGAGGUCAUACAGAAGUUGAGACAGCACCUCAGGAGACGUGAUGAGAUGAUCAUGGAGAUGCAAACACAGAUAGCAGAUCUUAAGAACUCUCUCAGCAUCGAGGAGACGCAGACCGCCAAUUUGCAGUCCCAGCUGGAUGGUGCCAACCGAGAUCUGUUCGAAUCCGAGAGGGAGAUCCAGCAGCUAAGGAAGAUCAUCGCAGAUCAUUGUGUGGCAGAAGCGCUUUCCCGCGACAAGCCUUUGCAAGCUGGAAACUGGCAACCAGAUGCCGCCAAUGGGCAUGCGAAUGGCUACGCUGAUAGCAGCAUUGAUGACCCUGAGCUGCACUGUAUCGGUGUCGAGAAGAGGAACGGCGAGGCAGAUAGGGUGGAGAUGCUCAAGAGAGAGGUCGGCGAGCUGAAGGAGGUGAUAGAAGGGAAGGACUUCCUACUCCAGAGCUACAAGGAGCAGAAGGUGGAGCUCUGCUCAAGGAUGAGAGAGCUGCAAGAGAGGCUCUCGGCGCAAGUGCCCAACAUCUUGUAGGAUCUACUCAACAACCCCUCUACAAGGCGCAGGCGGAUGUACUUGGUGUUGUCAAGGGAUUCACAGGAAAAUAUUUCGUCGCACAUGCUAGGGUCUUUGCAGAAUGUUUACAUUGAUUCGUUGUCGUUCCACUGAGUUUUCGUCCUCGGUUGCUCGGUGUCAAAAAAAAAGGGCUUAGGUUUUUUUCCCCAGUUGCUAGGGCUAAGGUAGCUUAGGAAACUGAACUUGGACGAGUGUUGUAUAGGUUUUUUUCGGUCUGCAGGCCGUGCCCCCCUCUUUUCGCUCAGCGUGGUUUAGGCCGGUGCGUGCGGCCUUGGAUUUGCGGAAAUGGCUUUGUGUUCCUGUGUGUUUGUGAUGCCUCGUGUUUGCAAAGGCAGUUGAGUUGAUUUCA